CUCUGCGCCGGCUUCAUGUUCGCUGACAUGGUGUCGCAGUUGACGUCUCUUCAGCAGGAGUUACUGAGCGCCUUGUUGGACUCGGGACUGACCAAGGAUGAGCUCGUGCGGGCGCUACACGACCUCGAGCCGCGCGCGCCCGGUUUCCCGAUCAAAACCGAGAAGCCGCUAUCCCCGGCCAGCGCCAACAGCGCCAGCGACACGGACUCCAAGCCGGUGUACAUGACCCUGCAGGCCAGAGGGAGUAAAGUGUCCGGGGAUGAAGGCUCCGAGUCCGGGGAGGAUUUCGACACGCCGCCCAUCCUGAGAGAGCUGCAGGCGCUCAACACCGAGGAGGCGAACGAGCAGCGCGCCAUGGUGGAGCGCAUGCUGGCUGAGGACCCAUGGCGCGCAGCUCGCACUAUUAAAAGCUACAUGCAGCAGCACAACAUUCCUCAGCGCGAGGUGGUGGACGUGACAGGUUUGAAUCAGUCUCACCUCUCGCAGCACCUGAACAAAGGAACGCCCAUGAAAACUACCAAACGAGCCUCGCUGUACGCCUGGUAUGUCCAGAAACAACGAGAGAUUGACCGGCAGUUUGACCGUGUUCAGGGCUCCAGUGACUCAGGCAGUCAGGAUCAGGUCCUGUUUUUUUUCCCAGAAUUCCACCACGGUGGGCAGAACACGAGCUCUGCGUCAGGGACCGUCACGGACGAAGGCAUUCCGGGCUCCAAAAGACUGCGGCGGAACCGCUUCAAAUGGGGACCGGCGUCUCAGGAGAUCCUGUACAAGGCUUACGAGAGGCAGAAGAACCCCAGCAAGGAGGAGAGAGAAGCGCUGGUGGAGGAAUGCAACAGAGCUGAGUGUGUACAGAGAGGUGUGUCACCGUCUAAAGCUCAUGGUCUCGGCUCUAACCUGGUCACAGAAGUUCGCGUCUAUAACUGGUUCGCUAACCGGCGUAAAGAAGAGGCUUUCCGACAGAAGCUGGCGAUGGACACGUAUCCUGUUCACAGCUUGAACCCGUUACUUCCUCCGGCACACAGCCAGCACCAUCACAGCAGCCCAGAUACAAAACUCAGAUACAGCCAACAGGGAUCCAGCGAUGUCACAUCCUCGACGAGCAUCGGUCACCAUGGCAACAGCCAGUCGGUGUUACAGCAGGUGUCUCCGCCCAGCCUGGACCCCUGUCACAGCCUGUUGUCCCCGGAAGCCAAGAUGAUUUCAGCCUCGGGUGGGGUCUUGCCCCCUGUGAGCACCCUGACUAACAUCCACAGCCUGUCCCAGGCGUCUCACCAUCACCAGCAGGCUCAGAGUCUCAUCAUGACCCUCGCUGCUCAGAGCCUGAGUGCUCCUCCGUCUCAGAACGUGCCCAUCAUUAACAGUGUGUCCGGACUGACGGCGUUGCAGCCCAUGCAGUUCCCACACAGCCCCAGUCUCACACCACUUACGAGUGCACACUCGUCUCAGCAGGCCUACACACACAUGUAUUCGCCCAAGCAGGAGCCUCCUCAGUACUCUCACCCGUCCCGAUUCUCCUCCAUGGACGCCAGCGCCAUCUCUCAUCUGGGUUCCAGCAAGCAGUGCCCUUUGCAGGCUUGGUGA